AUGUCCUCCCUUUCGGCCACGCCACCUUUCACGCACUUACUCUCCGUCGUCGGGCUCCGUUCGCCCACGCACCCACUCUCCUCGCAUUCUCGCAUCUCGCGCCCCCGCGCCCCGUUCACUGCUCACUCCAACUCCACAUCCUCACAUCUUCCGCCCGGCAUCCCGCAUCCUGCAUCCUGCAUCCUGCAUCCCGCAUCCCGUGUCCUGCAUCACGCGUCCUGCUGUUGCAAUCCUGCAUCCAGGAAGAGUUAA